GCGGCAUAUUCAAAAACGGACGUUACGUAUAGUUGUCGACAGAUAUCCCCUGAUUACACGACGUGAGGUAGAAAAAUCGACAUUUCCCCUAGCUAACCGGCGUGAAGAUUCUACUUAGUCAGUCAGAAACUACCUAAUGCUAUCAAGCUGGUUUGCAUACUGUUACUUCUCAGGAAUAUUCUAAUGCAUAAUGCCUUUUGCAUCAUUCAAGAAUGUCCAAAAACGACUCUCCAAAAUCCAUAAAGAACGUCCCCAACCUCAACGCAGACACCAUCUUGGAAUACUACCGAAAAAACAGGAUUUCCGUUUAAGAGCCAAGUGAGGUCGAAUUACAUAUUUCACUUUGAUGUUUCAGGGAUAAGGAAUCGAAAAGUGCUAAAAUAAAAGAGUUAAGAAGUAAAGCUUUAGAUAAAAACACAGAUGAAUUUUACUUUAAUAUGUGUAAUUCUCGUUUCGAUAUGGAAAAAGGUCAUAUUCCGUUAGAUGUGGAAAAAAGUUAUUUAGACUCUGAUAUCAAAUCAUCAUUUUAUAAAAACGUUACGCACCUACAAUAUGAAUUACAAAAAGAAAUGUCUAAGAUACAUCAACUUGAGUCGAAGACUCACUUACUACAAAGUGAAUCACAAAAUCACCGUUCGAAGAAGACUCCCAAACAUAUUGUAUUUGCGGAAACCUAUGGUGAAAUGGUUGAACUACACCACAAAUAUGCGGAGAAAUUACAAGUGGAUGAAACUAUUUUUGGUGAAGUGUCUUCCAGUGACCCCUAUGUUGAAGACAUUUAUGCUCAACGUUUUAAUGCUUACAAGGAAUUAUCUGAACAUCUAGAAAGAGCCAAACAGUUGAAAUAUCUUUUACGUCAGCACGAAGCUAAGAAAAGUCUUAUGGCAAAUUUAACCAAAAGAGCGUACAAAACUAUAUUCAAAGGAAGUAAGAUGGCGCCUCCCGUUUAUGAAUUUGAAUCUGUCCGGGAUCGAUGAACACUUGAAUUUUGUUUGGAGUUGUCUAAUUUGUACAUUUCAUUGUCUUUUAUGUAUGUCCACGAACAUCUAAAGAAUUUCAACAUUUGA